AGCCCGCUCUCCUCUCCUGCCUAAUACUACUACUCCAGUCGCAAGCGCCCGCCUCCGCGGGCGCAGCGCCGCCUCCUCCUGCCCACUGUGCGAAGGUGACGGAGGCGAUGUUGACCUGCAUGACCCACCUGGCGGCGGCGGCGGCGUCCGGGUACGCCUCUUCCCCACAGCCCCUCCUCGUUGACGAUUGCUGCGCGGCAUUCUCCGCCGAGAUCGGAGGCGAAAACGCCUCUUGUCUCUGCCAACUGAUGCUCGAGAGCGCGGUCGCCGGAUCUCCUAUCAGUGCCUCCCGCCUCCUCUUUCUCGCCUCCUCCUGCUGGAAAUCGGCCAACGCCCCCGAUGCCUCUCCCUUCGACCAGAUCUGCCGAGGUACUGAUGUUGUUGCCACCAUUGUCACAGCCACCACGUUGCCUCCACCGCCCGUUCCUCGAAACGGGAGUGGUGGCCUUCGCCAUCCAGUUGCAACAGGCACUCCACCCGCCAAUGCGGUCCGGCCGCCGCUUCCGCCUCCAAGGCGACCAGUUGCAGGACCUCCUCUUCCUGCCACCGUGGUCCCCUCGCCGCCACCGCCGCCAGCACUGGUGUUGUCCACCCCGCCAAUCCCCAGAGCGCCACCCACGCCACCAUUAGAGCAAAGCAAUGGCAAUGGCACAAAGGUGCUGAUCAUCGCUCAAUCCUUCUUAUGCCUGCUCUUACUCCACCUUCUUAUCAUCUAAUCUGAUUGGUAGCUAUAGCGGGGCCAACCCACGGUUAUGAGACAAUUAGUAGUGACGUAGUCAGAAAGGAUACUGUUCCCUGUAGGUCGAGCAGUCUUGCUUGCUUGAUCCCGUCGGCUGUUGUCGCACAAUAUUAGACUGCAUGA